AUGUCGUACCAGCCUGACAGCCGAGUCUCCCCCACAUCUUCUUCCUCUUCUCCAGCUUCCCGGACUGCACCCGAAGAAAACACCCGAGAUCGUCUGUAUUCAUCGCUCGACUUGACCCUUCCUUUCCGAGAAGGGCGAUUGCUAGGCUUACACCGCGCUGUUCAGGACGUACUGAGACCCCCGCAGUUUGCAAGUAGCCGUCGAUUUCGCCGAUCUGCCUCACGGUCGAGACGUGGAGCUCGAAGCCCCGUCGAGCCAUUCGCUUCAUCACCAUUACGGGCUGCAUCGUCGGUCAUGUCGGCAGCAAAUUCUCCAGAGAGACAGCAGGCCGAUACCGAGGAUGUUCGGCGUAGAUCAGUUGAUCAGCCCUCACAGGACGAUCGCCGAGCUCCCGCUUCUCGCGGAACUGGGAUUGACGAGGAUGCCAAGUCCGACCUAUCAACAAUUUUAUCGGAGAAGACCGGAUCGAAAAAGAAGAUUCAAGGACGAAAGGCAAUGGCUGCCAUGAUGUCGGGGUUGGAGGGGCGGUUGUUUCCCCGAAGUCUGAGUCGUGGCCGAGAGUCCAGUCGAGGGUCGUCACGUCGCCGGAGCUCCUCGUUGGACUCACGUUCUCCCCCUUCUGCCUCGAGACUUAGUCGUUCUGUCUCCCCCACCAAUCGCUCAUUCCAAUCUGAAUCUCAACCCACCACCCCCACCACCUCCGACAAAGAAAAACAACUGAGGAUGGAAAGCUCUCACAACAAAUCUGAUGAAGCUUUGGUUAAGCCUUCUGGUACUAUGCCAAACUACGUGAAACCUGCUGAACAUGGCGAGUCCGGAGAGCGCCUGGCGAAAGACGUCUUCGACCGUGACAACAACAUCAUCGAGAGCAGCAGCAGCAGCGAUGAUCAGGACGACGACGACGACGACGACUACGAGGAGUCUGGAGAGGACGAGCCUAUUCCCGGAGUUACUUUCGUGACCGUCGAUCGAGGCCGCAAGAAGAAGAGUGACGACAUCACCAGCAUCACCGCCAGUGACUUCAACAAGCCAAAAGACGCCAACCUCAAAAGCACAGAGCAGGGUACGUGCCAACCAGUCAAUGCCCACCCUCCUCCAUACUACCGUCAACUGACACAAUAUCUAGAAUCCCCAGCUCCCAAGCACAACAUUCCAGGAAUGGAUAAGAAGCCACGAAAGUCUGUUCUCAAGGCAGUCAUUCGUCCUCAGACCAACUACGAAAUCCCAACUCCACGCGCCCGAUCUGCAGCCGGCACUCCAUGCGGAUCAGAUGACGAAGAAGAAGAGGCCGCUAUCAACCGUGCCCAAGGACUGAGCAUCUACGUAUCCAUGAUCGACAAUCGCGUGCCCAACCGCUCCAUCCGCACGAUUGUCCGUGGCGAGUUUGACGAGAUCCAGAAGGAAGCCGAUGAGGGUCGACGCCGCCAACGCAAGUACCUGGUUGCUACAGACCUCAGCCAAGAGUCCCAGUACGCCUUGGAAUGGACAAUCGGCGGUCUCCUGCGCCCUGGUGACACCAUGUAUGCGAUCUACGCCAUGCAUGAGGACACUGCUACGACCUCGGUCCAGGUUGGUGAAGGCGCCAAGGCCAUGCAGGAUGCCAUGGCUGUCGUUGGCAGCCAGACGAAGGAGGUCUCCCGCGGCGGCACCCUUAACCUCUUGGGUCGACUGAGCUCUGGAGUCGCUAGCAAGGCGACCUCUGUCGACGCUCGUGCCUCUCCAGCCGCAGAGGCAGACCGAGUUCGGGCCGUCGAAAGGAUCUCCGGCAUGUGUGUCGGAUUCCUUCGAAAGACGGGUCUGCAAGUCCGCAUUGCCGUGGAAGUCAUCCACUGCAAGAGCCCGAAGCAGAUGAUCACUGAGGCUAUCGACGAGCUGGAACCGACCCUUGUAAUCGUGGGGGCUCGUGGCCAAAGUGCCUUGAAGGGAGUUUUGCUUGGCUCCUUCUCUAAUUACCUCAUCACCAACUCCUCGGCUCCGGUGAUGGUCGCCCGUCACAAGCUCCAGCGCCAGCUGCCAAAGCAGCAGGCGAAUGCGAGACUGGCGAACAACCUGAACCCCUCCAAGAGUCUCCUGGAUAAGUUGGAGGCAGAGGCUAAGGCGGAGGCCAAAGCCAAGACCAAGGGGAAGGUUGAGGAGAAGGCCAAAGAGAAGGCCACUUAA